UGCGUGCGUGCGUCUGCGCACGCGAGUGUGUGUGUGUGUGUGUAUAGUAUAAUAUAGUAUUAUACACUCUUAAAUAAAACAAUUUUCUCGCGAUAAUUAAAACAUUCCACUGGACUGUACGACUGAGACAGCUAUUACUGGAGGCGAAUGUCUAAAAGCCCGGAAAAAAUAUAAUCAACACUAGCCAUUAAAAUAUUAUUAUUGUAUUUGUUUUUUUUUUUUUUCUACUACAAUUCUUAGCUUUCUGUUCCCCGUCGACAGUAAUAUUAUAAAACGGUGUGCACUGAGCAGCUGCAGUGGUGGUCAGUCGUGGCCGUCAUCUCCGCCCAACAACGGUAGCAGCGCCAGUGAAAAAUAUAUCAACUGUAGAAUAUUAAUAUCAUCAUCAUUCAUCGUCUUCGCCCGUCGCCCGUUAACAGACGUGCACGCGCAACGCUCGGUGUCCGCGUACCGUACCGUCCGAUAACGAAAUAGGGUAGGUAGGCGGUGACUCGACGAGUGUGAUUCGUACGUGUGCGUGUGCGUGUGUGUGUGUGUUCGUGUACGAGUGCGGUGUCGUAAAAAUAUAAAUAUACAUAAAAAAAAAAAAAAAAAAACGGAUUUCCUAAAAUAGGUAGGUAGUCGGACGUCAACGUUUUCAGCGGUUCGUGCAACAGUGCCGACUCCCGUCCUCCGCCCGCACCGCUUACCAUCCGACGGAUGUCCGGGUGCUGGACGCUAUGAAAGAACUCAACCGGUCGUCGUCCACCAAAAAGAAACCGAUCAACAAUUCGAAUGGUAUGAUCAGAAAAGUGUCGUCGCUGUUCAGUCUGGACGGCCAGAUGAACGGCAACGCUAAACCCGAAUGGAUCGUCGACGAGAUCGCCUUGGAAAGAGGCGACUCGGGACUGGGAUUCAGCAUAGCUGGAGGUACAGACAAUCCACAGACUGACGACGAUACGUCCAUAUUUAUUACAAAAAUAAUUCCUGGUGGUACAGCCUAUCGAGAUGGUCGGUUGUGUGUCAACGAUAUCAUCACCAAAGUUAAUGAUACGCCUGUUGUUGGCGUACCUCAUUCGACUGCAGUGGAUGCACUCAAACGAGCCGGACACAGAGUUACUUUAUGUGUAAAACGCAAGAAAAAUGUGCUGCCCUUAGGGCCAAAUGUCUUAGAAAUAGAACUCAGCAAAGGCACCAAGGGACUGGGAUUCAGUAUUGCGGGUGGGAUUGGCAAUCAACACAUACCCGGUGAUAAUGGAAUUUUUGUUACUAAAAUAAUGGACGGAGGUGCUGCCCAAGUAGAUGGUAGAAUAUUGGUCGGUGAUAAAUUAGUUGCAGUCAAGAACACUCUUCUUGGUGACCGUAAUUUAGAAAAUGUAACACAUGAAGAAGCCGUAUGGACAUUAAAAAAUACCCGUGAAAAAGUGUUAUUAGUCAUUGGUAAAACUGAACCAAUUACAUAUACUGAUUCUGCACCAUCACCAAUCAUCAUUGAUACCAUUCCAAAUUCAUAUUCUACAGACACAUUAAAUACUGUAAAAAGUUAUGAAAGCUUACCAAACUAUGAUGUACGGACAGUAGUUUUACAUAAAGGUUCAGGGGGCUUGGGAUUUAACAUUGUUGGUGGUGAAGACGGAGAGGGUAUAUUUAUAUCAUUCAUUCUUGCUGGUGGUCCAGCCGAUCAAACGGGGCAAUUGAAAAGAGGAGACACUAUCUUAAAAGUAAAUGAUGUUAGUUUGGAUAAUGCAACACAUGAAGAAGCAGCUGAUGCCCUUAAAAAUGCUGGACAAACCGUUUUAUUAACAGUUCAACAUCGACCUAAAGAUUAUAACAGGUUUGAAGCUAAAAUUCAUGAAUUAAAAUCUCAACUUGCUGCUUCUUGUGGUACAUUGAUCCGCACUACUCAGAAAAAAACAUUGUAUGUCCGCACCUUAUUUGAUUAUGAUCCAUCUAGUGAUGAUGGUCUUCCUAGUAUUGGACUAGCAUUCAAAUAUGGUGCUAUUCUUCAUGUGACUAAUGCAAGUGAUGAUGAAUGGUGGCAGGCACGAAAAGUCUUAGCUACUGGUCGAGAAGAAGGUAUUGGCAUUAUACCAUCUAAACGCAGAUGGGAGCGAAAACAAAAAGCCCGUGAUAGAUCUGUAAAAUUUCGAGGAAACGAAAGCAAAAGCUUAGAUCGAUUAUCAACAUUAGAAAGGAAAAAAAAAUCAAUGACAUUUAGUAGAAGAUUUCCAUGGGUGCGAAGAGGCAAAGAUGGCAAGUAUGAAAAUGGCCUUGAUGAUAUGGUAUUGCAAAGGCAGUCUAGAGAAAAUAUAUGUGAAAAGAUUGAAGAAACUCCUUCCUAUGAAGCAGUGGUUCGACUUCAAAUCUCCUAUACGCGACCUGUCAUUAUACUUGGUCCAUUAAAGGAUAAGAUUAAUGAUGACUUAAUUUCAGAAUAUCCGGAACGUUUUAGUUCCUGUGUUCCACACACAACUCGUGAAAUAAGACCAGAUGAAGUUGAUGGUCGUGAUUAUCAUUUUGUAAAAUCUCGUGAACAAAUGGACCUCGACAUCCAAAAUCAUUUGUUCAUUGAAGCUGGGCAAUUCAAUGGCAACCUAUACGGUACAUCCGUUUCAUCUGUCCGUCAUGUAGCCGAAUCGGGUAAACAUUGUAUACUUGAUGUAAGUGGUAAUGCCAUUAAACGACUUCAAGUUGCCGGAUUGCAUUCUAUAGCAAUAUUCUUCAAGCCAAAGAGUGUAGAAGCAUUAAUGGAAAUGUGCAAGCGCAUGAGCGAAGCAGAAGCAAGAAAACACGUGGAACGAGCAGCUAAAAUAGAACAAGAAUUUGGUGAUCAAUUUACAGGUAUAGUGCAAGGUGACACGUACGAAGAAGUGUAUGAUAAUGUAAAAGCUAUGAUUGAAAGAAAUUCCGGUAGACACAUUUGGGUAUCUUCUAAAGAGAAAUUAUAAACGAUAAAACCUAUUGUAAUAUUUUAGACAGAUUUAUAACAAAAAAAAUAAUUGACGCUUACUUGUUAUCAGGGGUACAAUUUCUAUGUACUUUCAUCAAUUGUUUUUUGUUUGUCAUUAAUUGUUAUGUUUCUAUUAUGUUAAUGAAUUUUAUUGAACUCUGCAUUUAAUUUUGUAGAACAACUUAAGCAUUCUAAAAAAAUAUGGUGGAUGGGUGUAAAAAAAUCUAGCUUAAUUUGUCCGUAUUUUUUCUCCUUUUUUUGGCAACUAUUUUAAUUAUUGAUUGAAAUGUAGUCUAGUCUUAAUUCUGUACUUGUUCUAAUUUCUAAUUAAAAAUUAAAAUUGUUAUCUAUCAUUUAUCAUAAACGCAAAAGCCGUGCCAAAGUUCCUUUAAUCAAAUUUAAGUUUAAAUAUAUAGUAAAAGAUAUAUAUAUAUAUUUAUAUAUUAUGUGCAAUUAGAACUAAAUCAAAUUCCUGCUCAAUUUCUCUUUUCUUAUUAAGUAUAAACAUCUUUUUUUCAUUUAUUAACAUUUAUUUUCCUUAUCAAUUGUAUUAUUUCUAAACUUAAGUUUGUUACAUUAAUCACGUGUCUAACAUGUAGUAGUGCCUUUUAGUUAUUAUUUAUUUGAAUAUUUAAAUUAUUAAUAUUAACUAAUGAAUUAUUAACAAAUUAAUUUAUUGUAUGUUAACUAUAUGUAUAUGUGCUUUAUAACAGAAUGCACCUCAACAUGAAACUUGUUGAAACAAAUAUAAUUUUUAUGUAUAAUGUAUUAUUAUUAUUAUUAUUAUCGAUAUUAUCAUUAUUAUUAUUAUCAUCAUUAUUAUUUUCUCAACGUUGUACUUAUUUUAAGCAAUCAAAUAACUAUAUUUUUAUUAUUGUAAUCUUGCAUAUUCAAAUAUAUAUUUUUGUGUAUUUUAUGAACUAAUCUCAUUUAAAAAAUAUGUUUAUAUUGUAUUAUUGUUUUUUUUUUUUAUUAUUAUUAUUAUUAUUAUUGUGAAACAAACAAAAUAUUAUUUUUGUUAAAACAAUGUAUUAAACAGUAUUUCAAAAUGUUUUAGUUUAUUUUUAGUACAUAGAUGAAAAGUUAAUAAUUUCAAGCUUACUCCUUUAUGCUGUUUUUUUACUUAUUAAUAUGGAUUUUAUUCUUGUAUAAAGUACAAUAACCCCUAUCCCUAUGUGAAAAAUAUUUUUGAAUUUAUUAUCAGAUAAUUCUUUUGGAGUCUUUGUGAAGUGUUGUAAUCUCAUGUGUUCAAUAAUGUUAUGGUUAAAUAGUAUUACUUAAAUUACUUCACAUCCUGCAUAAAAAUUCUUAAUUACAAUUUUAUUAUUAUUUAUUUUUAUUAUGAUAAUGGAUUUAUAAAUUUGGUGCUUCAAUAUGUUACUCUGAAUUUUUUCAAAUAGAAUUACAAUAUUAUAAUAUUAUAGUUGAUUAAGUUUGAAUUUGUAUAAGUUAUGCAUAUAGUUAUAAACUUAUAACCAAUAAUAUUACAUCUGAAUUUGAUAAUGCAUAACAAAAUUAUAAAUAUUGUUACUCCCAAUCACUGUCUCAAUAUUAUUGUAUGAUAUUCUAAUUUGAUAUAUUUAUUUAUGUAUAUGAAUUAUGGAUUAAAAAAAAUAUACACGGAAAUACAAUUGAAGUUAA